AAUCAAAAUUCACAACCCUAGAAUCAAAUUUACGACUCCAAUAUUCAAGCACCAAAAACUCAGCUCUGACCUCGCUUCCCACCUAACCCCGGUCUGUUAUAUUUGAUACAUUCCAAUCAUAGGAUAUUUUUUCUACCUCCCCCCUCCGACGACAUCAGGCCGCGCCGGUCAUAUUUUACCACAACCGUGCCUCUGCCCUUUCUUCACUUUUCUACAAGGCUUGGAAGAAGUACGUAAUUUUCAAUGUACUUGAGGAGAAUACUGUGCACUCAUCGGAGAUGGCAUCUUUUAGCUUCAGAUUCAUCUGGACACACUUUUUCUGGUCUGGGCCAAAGGUGUACUCAGUUACAUGCUUACAUCGAUGCAAGUAUAAAUAAACAAAACAAGUCUCAGGUGCAGCAGCAUCAACAGGAAUGGCUCAGGCGAGAAUCACCGGUUUUGACAAGAAGAGAUAAGUUUAAAAUUCAGAUUUUGACAAGAAUUCUUCCGUGGGAGAACAUUAACGUCUCUUGGGACACUUUUCCAUAUCCCAUAGAUGAGCAUACAAAAAGUCUUCUGGUGGAAUUUGCUGAUUCACACUUGAGAUAUAAUAAGUUUGCUUCAUCUUUUGGUACUGGCCUUGCAUCUUCAAGUGGAAGAAUAUUGCUUCAGAGUAUUCCCGGCACUGAGCUUUAUCAGGAGAGAUUAGUUAGAGCUCUUGCACAACAUUUACAAGUUCCUUUGUUGGUGUUUGAUAGAAGCAUCCUUACUCCUUAUGAUAUUGAUGAUGAUUUAUUGUCACACAAUGAUAAUGCUGAAUCUGGGGAGGAAGGUUCUCUGGAGUCAAAGAAUGAGGAUGACAAUGAUGCUAGGUAUUGUGCUAGUAGUGAAGAAGAGCCAGAUGCUAGUGAAAAUGAAAAUGAAAAUGAAGAUGCAGAGGCUUCUGCCAAAGCAGUCCUUGAGAAAAUUAAAGCGGCUGUUCAGAAAUUUGUCCCAUAUAACGUUGAAGAAUUGCCGAAGGAUAUAUCUGGGAAGGAAGGUUCUCUGGAGUCAGACUCAGAGAAUGAGGAAAGGUGGUCGAGCGACUCCGAUGUUGAGUCAGAUGCUACUGAAAAUGAAGAUGCAGUGGCUUCUGCCGAAGCAGUCGUUGAGAAAAUUAAAGCGGCUGUUCAGAAACUUGUCCCAUAUAAUGUUGAAGAAUUGUCGGAGGAUAUAUCUGGGGAGGAAGGUUCUCUGGAGUCAGAGAAUGAGGAAGGGUGGUCGACCUAUUCCGAUGUCAAGUCAGAUGCUAGUGAAAAUGAAGAUGCAGAGGCUUCUGCCGAAGCAGUCGUUGAGAAAAUUAAAGCGGCUGUUCAGAAACUUGUCCCAUAUAAUGUUGAAGAAUUGCCGAAGAUAACCUCUGGAGAGUCUGAGACUUUCAAGUCUAAUGAUGGCAAGUUCGAUGAUAAAUUUGAAUGUCAACUAAGAAAAGGCGACCGUGUGAAGUACAUUGGGCCAUAUAUUCCAGUUACAGCUGAUGAUAGCAGGCCUUUAGCUUAUGGUCAGAGAGGAGAGGUGUAUGAGGUUAAUGGAGAUCGAGUCUCUGUCAUUUUGGAUAUUAAUGAGGAUGAGCUGGAAAGUGUUGAUAAUAUAAAGCCACCAAUUUGUUGGACUGAUGUUAACAACAUUGAGCAUGAUCUUGAUGCUCCAUCAGAGGAUUGCUACAUAGCAAUGGAGGCUUUAUGUGAGGUUUUACAUUCCAAACAACCACUUAUUGUCUAUUUUCCAGAUGGUUUGCAUAAAUCAGUUCCUAAGUCAAUCCAAAGUGAGUUUUUUCAAAAGGUCCAAGAGAAGUUUGAACUGCUAUCUGGCCCCAUAGUACUGAUUUGUGGGCAAAACAAAGCUCAGUCGAAAGGACAACUACUUUUUUCUAUGAAUAAAGGGCAAAAGACAUCAAAAGAUGGUGAAAUUUACAAGCCCUUUAAUGUGUUGUCUAUACAGCCACCUAAGGAUGAGAAACUACUGGUAAUAUUCAAGAAACAACUUGAGGAAGAUAGGAAAAUUGUGAUUUCACAGUAAUUUGAAGAAACUUGUUGAGAAAUUAAACACGUGCCUUGGCUGCUGCUUUAGAUAGUUUAGUUCAGUUUGAAUGAGUCAAAUAAAAUAUCUUCUACUAGCUGUUAGUGGAGAGAUCAGUUUAUGUUUUGUUUUUAAUUAUAAGUAACAGCCCCUAGAAUUUAGCUUAAAUUAAGGAGGUUAUCUCUUAUCAGUUAUUUUCAAGAUGUAUUUAAAUUCAAGUUUGUGAUUCAAUAAAGUAUUAUGCUUUUGCUGCCUCAUAUCAAAAAAUUUAUACCGUUCAAUUUUCUCUUCUGCUA